UUUCACGUGCGCCAUAGCCGUAAACUCGCGCAUGCGCAGUGAGUCCGGGGCAUCUGCUGCACUACUGGGCUUGUGUAUCGGGCUAGCUAGCUGAUCACUUGAGAUGGAUGUGUUCUUAAUGAUCCGGCGUCAAAAGACCACCAUCUUCACCGAUGCCAAGGAGUCCACCACAGUCUAUGAACUAAAGCGCAUAGUCGAGGGAAUUCUAAAGAGACCACCCGAGGACCAGCGGCUCUACAAAGACGAUCAGUUGCUAGAGGACAUCAAAACUCUGGGUGACAGCGGAUUCACCAACCAGACCGCCAGACCACAGGCACCGGCUACAGUUGGGCUGGCUUUCCGAAUCAGUGAUGAGAUGUUUGAGCAGCUGCACAUCGAGGCCUUCUCCAGCCCCCCAGAGCUCCCCGAUGUGAUGAAGCCUCAGGACUCCGGUAGCACUGCCAGUGAACAGGCCGUGCAGUGAUGCGCGCCCCCCCCCCCCCCCCCCCCCCCCCCCCCCCUCCGCCAGGCGACGCAAUUGUGGAAGUAGGGUGUGGUUGGGGCUGUGUGGAUUAACUGCAGUGAAGAAGUAGUGGGGUGGAGGAUCUGUAGUGUCAUUUCAGUUGAUGAACGAGGACAUUCUGGGUAACCGUGCCCGUCCGUGUUACCUUCAUGCUAUCAUUGCUGCACCCCCCCUUCCCUCCCAAUUGGCUUCACGUGUCAAGUUUUUAGGUAAAUAUGAUUUCCACUUGGGUUCUGCUACUUGGUUUGGAAAGUGCGAAUGUGUUUGUGUGCGUGUGUUUGACUUAUUGUAAUUAUUUUCAUUCAUAUUUUUUUUUUUGCAAAAAGUGAAGGUGUAGUAAAGUCCUUUUUAGAAGUAACCUGCAUGGGUGAUGAGUGUGGUGUGUACAUGGGCAAACUGCAUGACCCGAGGGCUUUAAUCUUCACACAAACAGAUGAACCUCGUUCUUGUUUCCUUAUGUUAUGUUCGUCUGAUUUCUUGCGUCCCAUGAGGAAAAAUUUUUUUGUUGGCGGUUAUUGUCAUCUUUUUUUGUGUGCGUGUGUCAUCACUGUGUCACUUCUUUGUACACGUUUCAUUUCCUGAGACCAAAGGCGGGCACCUCUCGGACACCAGAGAAAAGUUCUUUUCGGAGAUUCGUGCCACAAACUUUUGGAAAAUCGUUACGUCACACGUCAUCCCUUUUCCGGCACCUUUCCCCACAAAAAUACUCUGUAACUGUGAGCUUGCUUAAUUAAAGGUUUUCAAUUUUUGUUUUUUA